GAAACCUGUAGAAUCUCGUAAAUGAAAAAUAUAUCUGAAAGCUGACAGAGAGGAGAGAACCUACGAGAAUACGGAGGAGACGACGAUUCUCAUACCUUGAUCAGGAUCACGGAGCAGAGAAGGUUUUUAUUUUCUCUCCGUUCCGCGGUAUAGUUGUGUGUCUGGCUGCUGAAGAUUGUUAUUAAUUUGCGUUUCUUAGGGUUUCUCUGUUCGAACAUAAAUCUGGGUUGGUUGUAACUAGAUCGACUGGUUGCUGCUGCUAGUGGAUGUAAGGUGGAUUGGAACUGGUAGGAAUUAUUAUUAAGAACAUGGAGAGGAUUCUGUACUCAGUGGCAGAGGCGAUUGGGAAGCAGGCAGGUCCACAGUCAUUAGUGGGGACCAUAAAGAUUGCAGUAUUGCCCAUAGCGAAAGUAUUCACAGUUUGCUUUUUGGGAUUUCUUAUGGCUUCCAAGUAUGUUAACAUCUUACCUGCCAAUGGGAGGAAGCUUUUGAACGGGUUGGUCUUUUCACUUUUGCUUCCUUGUUUGAUAUUUUCCCAGCUUGGACAAGCUGUCACUCUAGAGAAAAUGAUGCAGUGGUGGUUCAUUCCCAUGAAUGUUGUUCUUGGUUCUAUCUCAGGUUCACUGAUAGGCUUAGUAAUUGCGACGGUUGUCCGUCCUCCAUACCCAUUUUUCAAGUUUACAAUCAUACAGAUUGGAAUUGGAAACAUUGGGAAUGUGCCACUUGUUCUCAUAGCGGCUUUAUGCAGAGACAAGUCCAAUCCUUUUGGUGAUUCUGAAAAAUGUAGUACAGAUGGGACUGCGUAUAUUUCAUUUGGACAAUGGUUUGAAAGGUUUCUAGCAUUCCUUUAUCAGAAGUUGAAGCUGAAGCAAAUCCUUCAACCCCCUAUCAUUGCUUCUAUCCUAGCCAUGGUCCUUGGUGCAGUGCCAUUCUUGAAGAAAUUGAUUUUUACAACUGAUGCCCCGCUUUAUUUCUUCACUGACAGCUGCAUUAUUCUUGGGGGAGCUAUGAUCCCGUGCAUUUUGUUGGCAUUAGGAGGCAACCUAGUUGAUGGACCAGGAAGUUCAAAACUUGGUUUCCGGACAACUGCUGCCAUUAUCUUUGGGCGUUUAGUUUUGGUACCUCCUGUAGGCCUUGGUAUUGUCAUGUUUGCUGAUAAGCUUGGCUUCCUUCCCCCUGGUGAUAAGAUGUUCCGCUUUGUCCUACUCCUGCAGCAUACAAUGCCUACAUCUGUCCUUUCUGGUGCUGUUGCCAACCUACGAGGCUGCGGAAGAGAGGCAGCUGCUGUCCUGUUUUGGGUUCAUAUUUUUGCAGUUUUCUCCAUGGCUGGAUGGAUUAUCCUCUAUCUCAAAGUACUCUUCUGAACCGACAUAUUUGAAACAGAUAUGAUAAGUGAAUUUUUUCCUGAGGAAAAGAUGUUAGAUAUUGCCAUAUCCUGGAAUAUCAGCAGUGCCUGCGUUCACAGAAGCGUAAUUAUCCUUUGGUUUACUUCCUGUCCCAUCAUUAGUUCCUUCAGUGAUAUUUGUAAUAGUAAGAAAUUGAUAUGACAAUGUCCUGUUUACUUGCUCUAUUUAUGUGCGCUCGGUUCCAGGAAAGAGAAAAUCCUCUCCAGUUUGCCAUAAAGGUUAUGUUUUAAAUAACUAAUUUUGGUAAAGUUUAUUUGGAAAUCA